AUGCCCGCCGCAAUAGCAGACCUAGCAAACGCCCCCAACGACAGCUCCACCACCGAGCUUGUCGCAGUGACGGGCGUGUUUGAGCUGUCCCAGGUGAAAUACACGCAGUUCUACUGCGAGGAGAACAUAUACUGCAUGAUCCGGGACCAUGUGGCGCCCGAGCUUUGGGAAGACUUCUAUGUGGUCUUUAUCUCGAAUAUUGAGAAGUGCGUCGCACUGAGCUUCCAGAAAGUCUGCACCACCCCCGACACCCCCGUCUACUGGGACUACCACGUAAUCCUCCUGCACCACCCCCGCACCACCCCACACACCAUCACCGUCUACGACCUCGACACAACCCUCCCCUUCGGCCUCUCCCACCACAGCUACCUCUCGCACACCUUCCCCACACACCCCGCCUCUCCGCCCGCCCACUUCAAGCUCGUCCCUGCAAAGGACUACAUGCGCCUGUUUGCGAGCACGCGCGCACACAUGUGGCGCGAGAUCGUGAACGACGAGGGCGACCGCGGGUGGCGGUGGGUGGCGGAGCCGCCGGUGUGGAGCUGUAUUGUGUCGGAAGAGGAGGGCGAGGAUACGUUGGAGCGGUUUUUGGACUUUGGGCAUGAAGGGGAUCGGUUUGGGAGGGUGUAUGGGGAGGGGGAGUUUCGGGAGGUGUUGGAGGGGAUGGUGGGGGGUGGGAGGGUGGUGGAGGGAGUAUUUAGUAGAGUGUAG